AUGGUGGACGCGGACGUGUACUUUGGCGAUGACUUCGGGCAGAAGAUCGACCUGACGGUGCGCAUCCGCGAGAUCCUACGCAACUACCCAGAGGGCACAUCGAUCUUCAAGGAGAUGGUGCAGAACGCCGACGACGCUGGGGCCACUGAGGUGAACUUGUGUCUGGACUACCGCCAGCACGCCUCCACGGGGCUCGCGUACGAGAAGCUCGGGUCGUUUCAAGGUCCGUCGCUGUUGGUGCACAACAACGCCACGUUCACUGACGCCGACUUCCAGUCGAUUCAGCGCAUUGGAGACUCGUUGAAGAAAGACAACUCGAAGGGGUGGAAGACUGGGCGCUUCGGUGUCGGCUUUAACUCGGUGUAUCACGUCACAGACCUACCGACGUUUGUCAGUGGCUCGCAGCUAGUCUUCUUCGACCCGCAGGCGUGUCAUCUGCCGAACGUGAACCCAAGUAACCCAGGCAAAAUGAUCGACUACAUUGCACAUCCUGAUUUGGUGAACAACUUUCCUGAUCAAAUUGCCCCAUUCCGAUGCUUCGGGUGCAACUUCUCUGAGCCUUUUUCGGGGACGAUUUUUCGCCUUGCACUUCGAACUGAAGAUCAAGCUCAACGCAGCAAGCUCUCCAAUCGUGCUCAAACGCCCGCCAAAAUGGCGGAAAUGCUGAAGGAGUUCGCAGAUAGUUUACCGACUGUACUGCUGUUUCUGCGCAAUGUGUGCAAAAUAUCGGUCUCGGAGUGGCGGGCUGGUGAAGAAGCCCCGACUGUUCUUCAGGAAGCAUCGAUCACGAACAUGACAGAAGAAAUUGAAGCGAAACGCUCGCUCCAGCACACUAGUCUAGGCUCCACUGGCCUUGCUUCCACGCAGCGCUUCUCGACCGAUGGUAUAAUCUGCGACUAUCCGCUGAAGAUUAAAGCUUCCGACUUUGCCGUCAGUCAGACGAAAGAGUACACGUAUCUGAUCAUAAAUCAGUUGGGUGGAGGAGGAUGCACCAAGAUAGCUUGCGACCCCGCUAAUGCGAACCAGCGUCUAGUACCGUGGGGUGGGGUGGCUGUACUAAAGAGCACUGAUGCAGCAAAAUCCGCUAUGACUGGCUUGGCGUUUUGCUUUUUGCCGUUGCCAACGCAUACGUACUUGCCUGUGCACGUAAAUGGGUACUUUGAGCUCUCUUCGAACCGCCGCGAUAUUUGGUUUGGAGACGGACUAAGUGGUGACGGCCUUCUUCGCGCCGAAUGGAACAUUGCCUUGCUUCGCGAUGUCAUCGCCCCGUGCUAUGCUCGAGCGAUCGUGCAUUUAGCGGACACCCAAGAGAUGAAGCCAGAACAGCACGCCCAAUUGCUGCCUCAAGCACUGCCGCCGGCUCCCUGGGACUCGCUGACAUACGCUUUUUUCUCGUUGAUUCGCAGUAAACCUUGUUUGUACAGUGAGGUUGGAGGUGGCCGUUGGGUGUCUCCCAUGGAGAGUAUGAUUGUUCGCAGCAGUUACUCGAGCUCGAAGCAGCUGGAGCAGCUGUUGAUUGAUGACGGUUUCCCUGUUGUCAGGAACCUGACUGAAGAUCUUGAGCGUGUACUGUUGAGGACGGGGACAAUACCGUCGUACGUUGAGCCUCAACGCUUGAGAGAAGCAUACAAGACCAACAGUUCUUGCCAUGCAGGCAAUUGCAAAGCUGUCGAGUGCCUGUUGAGGUUUAUAUUGAGUGAUUUGGAACCAGAUCGACUAAAUGCUCUCGUCGGAGUAAGGCUUCUGCCAGUCGCUGAUGGAACUCUUCGAACGUUUGAAAGCCGCUCCAGUUUCGAUCCCAACGAGCUCGAAUACCUGAGUGCGAUGGGAUUUUCUCGCCAGCAUGCCGUUUACGCACUUACAGUCGCAGGGAGUAAUGGAGUGGAAACAGCUCUCAAUUGGUUGCUUCAGAAUCCGAAUCCAUCCAUAGUGAACGAACAAGGAGCUAGUACCCCAUUUUUCAUCCCAACGCGUGAAGAAUUGGAGUUGCUGAAGAAAGCGCGAGGUCAUUUGGUGAAUAUUGAAGCAAUCGAUUCAAGCGGAAUCGCACUACUUUCGUCUGAAGCUGCCUCAGUGGGCCUUAAUGUGCAGAAGCUGGACUACCAAGGUUUUGAAGAUAUGCUGGCAGUGAUAUUACCUGAUGCUUGGUUUGGAAAGUUGACAGUGUCUUGGGAUGAAAAGGCAAUCGAAGAGGGUGCACCAAACGAGGAAUGGUUCCGACAACUUUGGAAAUAUAUUGGCAAAAGUGACCAUCUCGCUGCGUUUAAGGAUAAGUGGCCGAUUGUACCAACGUCGUCACACGCGUUGGCGCAGCUGACUGUGUCCGCAGGUGUGCUGAGUGCCGAGCUUAUCCCUGAUGGCUGUCUCCGGUGCUUGCAAAAUUUGCAAGUGCGCCUACUCCUCCCAAACAUAUUUGCGUCUUUCCAGCCCAACCCGGACGUAUGGCAGUACAUUCAUCAGCCUACUUCUGCUGGAGUGCUGUCGUGCAUUGGAGCCAUUCUAGGCACAGGGGGUAUGUCGCUGCCAACCCGAGUGGAGAAGCUAUUCGAACGUACCGACAAACGUGACCGGGAUCAGUUAUUGAAAUUUUUAGUAUCUGGAAUGAAUGAGGACGUUCGCGAGAGCCAUAAACAGAUCUGCUGCACUCUCCCAAUAUUUCAAGGGUUCCGAGCUGUUCGUGGCGUUGGAGAUCGCGGUGUACAAUGGGUGGAUGAUGAUGACGCUGAAGCAAUUUUCGAAAACAAUGUAUCCCCCUCGUUCGUAUCGCUGGCAGAGAUUAAGGAAAAACACCAAGAGCCGCGAUUGUGUAUGGGCAUUGCCCCCAAACUCCUGGACGACAAUUUUGUUUUUGUAAACGAAGGCGAUUCCGCCCUAGUGGAAUUUUUGACACGGAUGGGCGUUCGACGGGUCUCCAAGGUGGAGUUUUUUGCGAAACAUCUAAUUCCUCGCUUUGAUCGCAUUGAUCCAAAAGUGCGUGUAAGGUUUGUGUGUCAGCUACUGGCAGAAUUAACGACGCUGCUAGGGCAAGAUACCGACGGCACUCUGUCGAGCAUCGUGGAGAGUGCGGCUAUCUUCCCGACAAUGACGGGAGAUCUGAAGUCGAUCGAUGACCUGUAUGACCCUGAAAUUGACGAAUUCAUGGACAUUAUGGACGAGUCGUUUUUCCCGGCUCUUGAGCUUCAAGACCCUCAGCCACUUUCCGCAUUGAGGUCAAUAGGUCUGCAGCGUACACUGUCACGUCGGUCCAUUUUGUCGCUGGCAGUCUCCUUGGAAGGUGAUCAGAUGAAAAUAACGGCUGGUAGUGAUGGAGCUAUCGAAGAAACGGAGCUUGGCGAAAUGUGCAACAAACUGCGCUCCCGGUCAGUCAAAUUCUUCCAAUAUAUAGACGCGCACAUGGAACAACUGGUAACCCCAGCAACACGUCAACGGAAAGCGCAGAAGACAGCCAAGAAAAAUAAUAAGGGCAUCCGCUUCUUGCGAAACUUUUUAGGCGAUGAUCGUUUGCGUGGGCUCGAUACGAUGCAUGAUGAGAGCAUGCCAACACCUGAAGAGCUGGAGGGGCAAGUGAUGGAACAAGCUGAAAUUGACGAUUUCAAGGCGAAGCUGGCGAUUAUUACGUGGAUUCCUGUGUGUGAGGAAAAGCCGCACCGUGCUGCACCGUGGUACAAGCAAGGACAACGAAUAGUUGUCGCAUCACCGGAGCAGUCUCGGCCAACAAAGCAUCUGUGGCUCUGCUCAUCUCAAUUCCACAUUAUGAAGUGUCCAGUACAUUCAGAGGUCUUACGAGGCGUGCUAGGGUGGGAUAAACGUCUACCGGUUGAGACGGUCGCUUUUCAGCUGAAGGAAAUCUCACGACUGUUUGAUGAACGUCAGACACAAACAGUGGGCGGUUCGAAAAGUGAGACCGAUGGAGAUACGCACGUGGUUUGGUCCGCAGUUUACAGCAUAUACCAGAUCCUAUCAACAUUCUUCGAGACUGAGGGGGUAGAUCGCCGCAAUCAGGUGUUGACCAUUCUUUCUGGAAACGGCAAGUAUGUGUGGGUUGGAGACCGCUUUGUGUCGUCAAACCAGGUGGCAGCCGUAGCGGUUGUGAACGCGGAACCGUAUUUGUAUACGAUUCCGAACGAGUUACUCCACUUCAGGCCAUUCUUACGUGCGAUUGGUGUUCGAGAGAGAUUCGCCCUACCAGACUACGUACAUGUUCUUGGAACAAUAUACAAGGAAGGCCAGGCUGAUGCCUCUACAGAUGAUGAUGAUGAUGAAAAGGCUGCUGCUCCUUUAUCGAGUGACAGACUGGCAACGGUGAUCGGUUUAAUCCAGUUGAUAAGUGACACACUCCAGCAUCACUCCGACUACGAGUUGUUCGCUCCGAACCGAAACGGUGUUCUUGAGUUUGCGGCGAACUUAACGUAUGACGACGCGCCAUGGCUAGACAAGUGCGACUACGAGAACUCCUCAACGUCCACGCGAUUUAUUCAUCCCAAGAUUUCAAAUGAAGUGGCUGCAAAAAUCGGAUCUCGCUCCUUGCGAAGCCAGCUGUUAAGUGAGAGUGGCCACGAGGCUAUGUCGUUCGGCGGUGAAGGUGAUGUGGAGGCGUUUGGUCAGACCGAAGCACUGACGAAGCGAAUUGCGCAUAUACUUGAGCAGUAUCCAGACGGACCGAAUAUUAUCAGCGAGCUCAUUCAAAACGCAGACGACGCAGGCGCUACUCGUGUGUGCGUUCUGUAUAACAGCUGCACGUAUGGAACUUCCUCACUUCUAAUGAUGUUCGAUCCGCAUGCAACGCACCUGCCUGGCAUUUCAGCUGCAAACCCGGGUAUCAAGAUUCGUUUCGCUAACGCGAACAUCGUGAGGCAGUUUCCCGAUCAGUUUGCACCUUUCAAGAACGUGUUUGGGUGCGACUUAGAGCACCAUUACAAUGGCACCUUGUUUCGAUUCCCGCUUCGUAGCAGCGCUCUGGCAGAAAGCAGCGAAAUCAAACGCCGAGGUUAUUCUCACAACGAGAUCGUGGAUUUGUUCAAGAGCUUCCAGACAUCGAUCAUCGACACAAUGCUGUUCCUUCGCAACGUUCGAAAAGUGGACGUGUACCUCCAAUCGGAUGCUGACCAGCCCCCAGUGCUUCUUUACGGGGCUGAAGUGCCGGAAGAGGAUCGUGGCGAGGCGUGGCGAAAGAUUGAUCGGUUCAUGAGAAAUGACGAGGUACCCGGAACCAUGCCACGAACGACUGAAUUAUCUGCCAAGAGAGAUUUUUACGCGCGCUUGAGAUCAACGCCGGCAGAAGAACUGCCGUCCGUGACUCAGGUUCUCCACAUCCGUCGACAACAGCAGAAACAACUCGAAGAAUCGUACCGCCUUUUCGGUGGGGAAAUUGACAAUGUGGUGGAUGAAAGGUUGGUGGAGUCGAAGGACGAUCAUAUGGAAACGACUACCGAAAAAUACUUGGUUUGCAACCAGAUCGGGGGUGGGAAAGCACGUGAGAUGGCUUGUGCUGCUGAAAACGAGUCCCUCAAGCUUAUUCCUUGGGUCGGAAUUGCCGGUCGUAUUAAUGGAGUAGCGACGGAAGGAAGGGCAUUUUGCUUUUUGCCUCUCCCAGUUCGUGUUGGUUUGCCGGUCCACAUCAAUGGAUACUUUGAGCUGUCCUCGAACCGACGUGAUAUUUGGCAUGGUGACGAUAUGACCGGUGAUGGAAAGCUCCGCUCGGAAUGGAAUGCUAGUCUCUUGGUGGAUGCAGUUGCUCCUGCUUAUCUAACAUUCCUGUUGGAAGCAAAAGCGAUGUGUGAGGUAGACUCAUCUCAGUAUUUGUCAUUUUUCCCGACAAAGCUACCUGCGAGCCCAUGGGAUGUCAUUGCUCUCGAGCUCUUUCGGAUCAUGAAGAACCGCCCAGUGUUCUUCUCGUCAAUCAGGCAAUCGGAGGACAAUGCGUCCUCAGAGCCUACAAGGAAAUCCGUCACCCCAGGUGCUUCGGUUUUAGUGAACGACAGCCUCGCCGACUGGAAAGCACUAGAAACUGCGCUGGGAACGGCUUCGUUAGCAACAGUGCUGCUGCCAGUAGCACUGCGCAACUUAUUGAUUGAGCUUGACGCUGUCUAUGGAGCCAUGACGCCCCGAUUUUUUCGACAGCUAACUCGGCAGGGAAACUUCCUGCCAAAGCUUGAUCAAGAUGUCCUCAAGCGAGUUAUUCAGUUCUGCAUAUCGGAUUGUCACGGACAGUUAGACCCCUCGGCUGUUCGAGCUCUCAACCAACUGCCGCUAUUGCCUCUGAAAGACGGGAAGUUUGGAACCAUUUGUUUCGCUGAAAACCUGAGCGGUGAUACCGAUCCAAGAACACAGCAACUGACCUACUUUUUCGGGAAUGCAAUGGAAGAACAACUCCUGGAUGAGUUCCCGCACCGUGUGGUGCGCAAGGAGUUCAAAUCGGUCUUUGACCAAGUUCCUUUGGUGUACGAAAAUUCGAAUCUCAAUCUGGUGGAUCUCGCAGCUAUCCUAGAUACUUUCUUGCCUCACAUUCUAGGUCGCUGUUGGAGAAAUGUCCAAGAAGGCAUAUUUACUCUCGAGUCGACUUCUCUGGAUAUGGCGCUCCAAUCAAAAACGUACUGGAUACGACAGCUAUGGGCGUAUGUUGAGACUCAGUUAUCAACGAUUGAGCAGCUACCCCAAGUCUUCAUGAAGUGGCCGCUGGUUCCCAUCGUCUGCGACGACGGAAAUCGCUGGGUUUGCCUUUCUGCAAACGUUAGUCUCGUUCUCCCUCAUUCCGAAGCAGCUCCAGUGGUGCCAGAGUUACUUCGUCAACUACAGCAAGCCCUCGGGAAAGUCGGAAUUUAUAUGGUUGAUACGUCGUACGUCAGCGGCGAGAAGAUUGUGCAGUGGUUACUAGCACACAAGCACGCGUUUAAGUUGAGCUCAAAUGGCCGACAGGUGUUGUGUGGCUUCUUCUCUCACAACUCAUUUGAUGCGGUGGCAAACGAUUACCAGCCUAUAUUAUUCGAGCUGCCAAUAUUUCCAGUGCACGCGAGACCGGUUGUAAAAGUGACGGAGGCUCAGCUCACUCCAGAUGUGAAUUUCGUGAGUUUAAGGCGAGGUGGCUAUGUACCUGAUGAAGAUGCUGAUCCCAGGAUUCUUGACGAGUCAUUUUUUCGGGUUGAGAAGGACGUGACGAGAAGGUUCGUACGAGAUUGCGGGCUCGAGGAAUGGAGCAACACAAAAGUUUUGCUGGAUCAUGUUUUUCCUCAGUUGUCGAGAUUGGAAGCUCAAGACAGUGACUUGGUAGAUUCUGUGUUGGUCAGCGCGCUAGAGAUGCUUCCGUUCCACCAGCGCAAUGAUUCACGAUUCCGGGAAGUUAUCAGAACCCAUGCUGUUAUCCCAUCCAGAAAACGGGUUUUUCGGGCAGUGAACCAGCUUCAUGAUCCUACUGUGAGUGCUCUAAGUGAAUUAGUGGGCGAGAACAGUCUUCCUGCCCAAGCGUUUUCAACCCAACCGAUCGUUGAGAUUCUGCGCACUCUGGGGCUUCGCACGGGGUUAUCGUGCCAUGCAGUGUUGGAAAGUGCACGUUCUAUCGAAGCAAUGUCGGAAGAAGAUAGCGAAGAUUCCGCUGGCUUAGCACUACUCAAGGCACACAGCUUGCUGACGAUUGUCAACGAGCGCUUCGAUGAUAUGAUGUCGGGGUCAACAUCAGGUGACGACCUCCAGCAGGAAGAUGAUGGUGAAAGUCGGCGAGCUUUACAGGAUAUUGUGGCAGACUUAUCCGAAGUGCAGUGGUUGCCCGUCCGUCUCGAAGCACCAGACCCUGCCAUGCCGUGGAAAAGUUUAGUUGAAAGGGGUAGCAAUCGCUUCUCAAGCGCUUCGAACAUGAGGCCACUCAAGGACGCGUGGUUUUGUUCGUCCACGAUGGAUAUCCUUGACGGCGAGUUGACAUCGGAGCAACUCAUCGCUGCCUUUGGGUGGAAAGAGCAAGUCGACUCGUUGGUGAUAGCAAAACAGCUCGAGGCAAUUGGUAUGAAAUGGGAAGCCCAUCGCCACAAAGUUCACACUGGAGAAGUGGUGCCGUCGAAGACUUCGAGUUGGCGUUUCCCUUUAUCGGAAGUACACGAGAUGUACGAGGAGCUUGAAGGUCAUCGACUGUCAAAUGAGGAGGGCUGGACGGCGUCUCCAGUGUAUCGCAAACUCGCGAAUGCAAUGUGGGUUUGGACAGGCAACAGGUUUGCAUAUCCGUGUCAAAUCGCUGUAGAGGCCGACGCUAGCCUGGAGCCUUUGCUGUAUUGCUGCCCAAGUGAGCACAUCAUCCCGCGAUCACUUCUUGCUUCCUUUGGUCUGAAAGAAAAGUUUACUACUGUCGAUUAUCUGGAGGCUAUCAUGAGGCUCCCACGACACAAAGUUCUGGACGAGAUGCAAGUUACGGCAUGCAUAAAAAUAUAUGGCAUUGUCGGGGAGGACACGUCGUCAUUGGAGACGGCUCUCAACUCGUUUGCGGCGCAGGAGAUGGUAUUACUCGACCACUCGAAUCGGCUAAUCCCAGCUCUUCAGCUGACCUUUGACGACAUGGAAUGGAACGAAUCGCGAGAAGUUCGGCGAGGAGCGACGUUUGUAUCGAAGAGAGUGCCGAAGGAUGUAGCACGCAUAUUGGGUGCUGUGUCGUUGCACUCGAAACUCGCGCAGACAUCGGUAACUAGCCGUCGUGUUGUGUGCCCACCUGCCGCUGCGCUGCAGAAUGUGCUUCCUCCUCGAGCAGAAUGGUAUCGUGCGUUCCUCUGGGAGACAAUUCUUGCAGCUGAGCGAUUUGGAGGCUCUCAAGUGGACUUCUUUUUGGAUAAUCGUCACCACUCGUCGCAGCGCGUGAUUCAGCCGUCGCUCCAACCUCUGCAGGAUGAAGCCCUGUGUAUCCACAUUCACGAUAUGGUGCUGAGCGAAGACGACGUCAACAACUUGUUCCACGGGGAGUCUUCGCGGGCAGGACUGCUGUGCGGAUUCCUCGUGUCAGAUUGUAUGCAGAUUCUCAGUGGAGAUGGCUUCUACAUUUUAGAUCCAACCGGGUGUUAUCUCUCCUCUUCUGCGGGAGCUGUUGCAGUCUCGGCGUCAUCGUCAGGGCGACCAAAAAGCAUCGGGCGACGAUACGAGGUACUGGGUCAAGAUUUUGUUCGGUAUCCGGAUCAGUUGCUGCCUUUUACAACUCUUCCUGCAUGCCCAAGCAAUGUUUCUCGAGGAACACAAAGUACGAUGAUUCGAUUUCCCUGGCGGAAAACGGGGUCAGCUGUGUCGUCCUAUGUGUUGGAUACCAGAAAAGCCGACAAACUAGUGUCUUAUCUCAAGUCGCAGCUGUACCAGACGUUGAUUUUCACGGAGUCAGUCCACCGCAUCUCGGUGUGGAGCGUGGGUAAGGAGUCCGAGUUUGCGUCUCACUGCCAUGGCGAGGUAUGUCUCGACUCGCCCGAUGCCACGUUACGGAAACGCAACAUGACUCGUCAAAACCAGGAGUGGAAGAAAAAAUUCUCGCUGCAAAGUUUUUUCAAGAGUCCUGUCAUCCCUGAGAACCAAAUGGAGUUCGUGGUUAACCUGGAGUUGGAAAACCGCCAAUACCGAGACACAUGGUUGUUCGCGGAUAACAUCGGGUUGGGAAGGAGUCGUGACCUGGCGUGCAGCCCAGUGCAUGAAAUGCUUCAUUCCACUCCUUACGUCAGUGUUGCGUGCCAUAUCUUUCGUGACGGCAGCCCAGCUCCCCGACUACGCGGACACGUCUACAAGAUUGUAGAUACUCACCAGCAAGUGGGACUUCCCGUCCAUAUCAAUGGUUGUUUCAAGAAGUCCAUAAAGGACAAACAGCUCACGUUGACAGCGUCUUCAAACCAAAUCAGCAGAGAAGGAGCUGCUACUGGCGCAAGUGGAAGUGAGCAACAGGUUGCAGCUGGGUGGAAUCGUAUUCUGUUAGAAGAUGGAGCCUCAGGUGCCUACAUCAAGCUACUCCUGGUAGCAAAACGGCGCUAUGAAAACUCUUUCCCGAAGUCGCUCUAUAACAUCUGGCCAACGCUUCAAAAGCGAGGGGAAAAACAAGAGUUGGGAGCUCUGGUGCAGGCUCAUACAUUCCAUUCCAUCGGCGCGCGGGAGUUGUUUUUGUGUACCGACGGUAACUUUCGUGCUUUGGGAAGUGGCUAUCAGCUUGAUUUACGCGGCAUGAACAUUCAGGUGUCAUCGUUUGCUCAGCUCCACUUCCCAGCGUUUGAUGCCCCAACAAGAAUUCUUCAAGAUUGCUCACGUCUUCUGCCGUCGCGCAUGUAUGCCGUCACACCAAAGGUUAUGCGACGCUUCUUGAGAAGUGUGAGCAGUUCUGAGGUUCACUCAGAUAUCUGUCUGUCCCUGUUGGAGUAUUGUUUGAGCGACUUGCCGUCCCCCUUGCCUAGUGACAUGGACCCUGUCUGGACCGAAUUCCAUGGGCUCUCUUUGUUGCCACUGGAAGACGGAAGUAUUGGCGUGCUUCGAGUGAAUCAACGUCGCACAAGCUACGUGCUAGCUUCAUUCAACCAGAUCGAGCUGCUUCGCCCGCUUGGCCAUUUAUUUGUGUCAUUAGCCGCCUCACGUCGACUGGCUAAGUAUUUCUCGGACACUCGCUUUACAAGCGUUUUUGGGCUGACGUCUUUCUCGAUUAAGACCCUUUCGGACAACAUUGAACGAGUGCUGCCGUCAUCCUGGAAGAGCCAAGCCAUUGUUGAGUGGGAUCCAAGCUCGCCUAUUGAGAUCGACGAGCUGUGGCUGUAUCGUUUCUGGCAAGUUGUGCAUUUCGAGCGUCGAUCAUUGGGUUAUUUUGCUUCCUGGCCGCUUAUUCCCGUGAAAGGUUCGCGACUGGUUUCUUGCGGCAGAAUGGACAUGGCUGUUUGCGUUUGGGACGGCUCGGCAGAUAGUGACGUAUCCUCGCGACUUGCGGAGUCGUUUCAGGCUUCUGCAAUGCAGCAAGAGCGAAAAAUGGCCGAGUUUGACGCCGAACGUAAAAGGCUGAUGGAGUUAACUUCAGCAAAGUUUCAAAAGGAAGAAGAAGAAGCCGACGAUAUAUACUCUGACGAGGAAGUUGAUGGUGACAAGGAAUCAGAUGAGGAAGAGGGUGGUGACGAAGAAGCUGAAGCUGAGUCUGAUGGCUUGUCUGGCGAAGCCGAGGAAACAGCAUUAUCGGUUCAAUUGGAAGACAUCCCAUCCCCUGCACUGCCGAACGACGAGUACUCAACGAACCUCGAAAGUUUGUCGGAUGGUGAUCGCGAUGCUGUUGGAGAGGUGCUCUCACCUCACUCCAUUUCGUUGGCCUUGGAUAAUCUCAGUGAUGAAGACGCAGAUGGUGCUGAAACUGCAGAAAUUAGUGAAGGGUUUGCCGUGCCAGUUUAUCCUGUCGAAGACGAAUCCCACGAGUUUUGCAGUCGCGAGACGCUUCAUAGCGUUCUGUCCGACUUGAAUAUCUCAAUGAUGGAACUCGCGUAUCUUAGUGGCCAAGAGAGCGACAUUGUCCCGCGUAGUGUUGAUUUGGGUUUGACUGUUCUAGACGGGAUUUUUGCUUCGGACUGGGAGGCAUUACGCUGGGGAGAACUCAGCGAGGACAAUGCAGUGCUGAUCGCUGAGUUUUUCAGUCACAAUGGAGACACCAAUGGAGGCUACAACCGCAUGCAAAUCGAAAGACUGAAACGGUUGCCAAUUUUCGUGAACAUUGGAAACGUUCCUUGUGCCAUUCACGGCGAGCAAGAUUUCUUCCUCAUCCCACCAGGCCUCAACCUGACGGACAUGCCAUUGCCACCCAAUGCCCAGCAGCGUUUCCUCAAGAGCAAUCCCCGUUUGAAUGCGUUCUACAAGGAACUUGGUGUGGAGGAAAUGAGCGACAGCAAACUCUUGAUCUACGUGCUGCCGAUGUACAAUGAGAUGCUGGAAUCUCAACAAGACCAGAUACUACAAAUCCUCCUUCAAAAGUGGCAAUCGUUGCGCGGUAGUGCCGAGCUGACAGCUCUACUGCGGACAUCACCGUUGUUCCGCAGUGAAGAGGGUGAAAGAGGAAGCUAUUUCCCUGCCAGCGUCUACUGUGAUCCGCGCAACAGUGUUCUCGCUGCAAUUUAUGAAGGCGUUCCCGGUAAAUUUCCUGCUCAGCGCUAUAGGACGACCGAAUGGCUCGAGUUGAUGACCGAGAUCGGACUGCAAGCUGAAGUGACUGUCGAGAUUUUUGUGGAGUGCGCUCAACGCAUUGAUGGCCAGUGCUCAGGCAAACAAGUGCUGAUCUCUGAGGAUGAACACCUGAUCACAACACUGCACCAAUACUUCGUGCAAAACUUUGACAAAUUUGAUCGAUCACGGUCAUUUUUCGACAGAAUUGCACCGCUAGCUUUCGUCCCAGCCACGGUGUACGAAGCAGCAAGUACGCCCGACAACUUGAGUGGAGCUAGUCAGGAUUUCUCGGAGAGACAACGAGGGCAAUUUACACCGCGCUCUGUUGUGCGAAAGUAUUCCGAGUGUGCCACCCCUGAAGAUCAGGCACUUGUGUACUCGACGAUGCCGAUUCUAGCCAACGCGGCCCUACCUCCACGCGUUCUUUACAGUCGGCUGGGAAUUCAGUCGCCGCCCCCGCAGGACCAAGUCGUAGCGCAUUUGCUGUCAAUUACGAAUGGCGACCGCGCAGUGUCAUCAAGGUCGUUGGAUUGGCAGUUCUUCUUACCGAUGGUCGAAGUUUUCCAAGCGAUCUUCAAGUUUCUGCAGGAGCACUGGAGCGAGUUGAGCAGGGAAACACAGCAACGACUCACAACAGCAGCAGUCAUCCCAGUUGGAUCAACUCUCGUCAAGGGUUCCCGUCUGUUCUUCCAUUUAGGCGAAAAUUUAUCGCCACUGAUGUUUGAGGUACCUCGCGCUUUCGGCGCGUACGACGCGCUGUUCCGACACAUGGGCUCGAAAGAAGUACCUGAAGUGAUCGACUACAUACGUUUGCUGCGUGAUCUGAACGAAGAAUGUUGUGGCCAUCCGCUGAACUUGAACGAGCUGAUCGCAUCGGCACGCGCAGUCGACCUCCUCGCUACUGCCAUUAGCGAAUCCAGCCAUCGACUCUCGCUCGAAGAGAAAAAUGCCAUCUUCCUUCCAUCAAGCACGGCAGUCAUGCAGUCGAUGCUCCUGAUGGCGUACAACGAUUCGGCUGCGUUGUGCUCUAGUAUCGACCUCACGGAGCUGCACGUUGUGCACCCUCGGAUCAGUACAAGGUGUUGCAAGAUAUUGGGCGUGCCUGGGCUUACAAGUGUCGUGACCGAAGAGCUAGAUGGAGAGGGGAAUCCGACCGAGAUGAUUGCGCGCGACGACGUCGCGCACUUUAACAGCGUGUUGGCCUCGCAGCAGUUUGCGGACGGGCUACGGAAAAUCAUCACAGCCCAGCAGCAGAAGGCGUCGUCCAACGAUGCGUUUGGGUUCAUCCCUGACUUUGAAGACCUGAACCAACGCAUCGUGAACUUGGCGACGUACGAAGUGGAUUGCGUGACGGAGCUGCACUCGCGGUUCAUUGCGAAGCUCGAUUUCCCCGCUCGUCGAAUCGACGUUACCAAGACCGCGCGCCAGGGAAGCCUGUCGUUCUUGGACCAGACGCGGAGGCGCAUCUACAUUGCCAAGCGCACGCUCGAAGCUCGUUCGGAGAUGGGAAUGCGGGCGAGCCAUUUGGUGGCCAGAUGCAUCAACCAGCUCCUCGGUGGCGUGCUGCAGGAUUGCUCCGUCCUUGAGUCUAUAUUGACGUGUGACGAAGUUGAGAUUCCUCGCGUGCUGCAGCUGCUUGAUAUCUACGAAGACCCCGUGCUAAUCGUCGAGAAACUUCGCGGGGUACUAGGCCAGCCGCUGUCCGAGGUGGACUGCGCUAAUGUCGAGCUGGCUCCGUUGCGCUCGUGUUUACCUGGAGAGCUUGUGGCGGUGGAGGACGAAAGCGGGACGCUUUGCUUCGGCAAAAUCUUGCGGGAGCAGCCCAGCGACGUCGCGGGUGUGAGUCAGUUUGAAGUCAAGGUGACCAGCUCAUCGACUCGGUCGCUACUUGCUACCCAAUUGUACUUCUUCCGGUCGGCUCGCAUUGGAACCAGCAGUGGGGGUCACACCGCGACUAGCGAGCAUCCAGCAGAGGGCACUGUCGUGCCCAGCCACUCGGGCAACAUUGCGUUGCCAGCAUCGGUGGUGGCCGUCGCGUCGGAGUCGCAGGAUGGAGCAAUUGCGUCCGGCUUUUCGCAGGUGAAGGCUCCUACGUCCGCGGUCUCUAAAUCGAACGUCUUGUCGGCGGUCAACGAUCUAUUGUCGCGCCUGAAUGUGACGCUAGACACGAAUUUUGAAGACCUGAUGGCCGAGAAUCUGCGCCUGCAGCGUCGGCUGGAGGUGGCGGAGGCGGGGCGACGUGCAGCUGCCGCACAGAUCGAUGCCGCCAUUCGCGAGAAGAAGGAGGUGCAGGACUCGCUCGUGUGCGCCGUGUGCCUGGAGAGCAAGGUGAACCGCGUCCUGAUCCCGUGCGGCCACAUCUACUGCGCGUCCUGCGUCGAGCAGCUGCCGCGCCCGUCGUGCCCCAUUUGCCGCCAGAACAUCGUCUCCAGCUCCGUCUUCCACGUGCCGUCCUAG